AUGAUUCGUUCAAUCCAUUCGUCGUCAUCAUCUUCUUCGAAGACGCUCUCCAUUAUUCCCCCCCUCACAGCGGAAGAAUGCGGACAGAAUACACCAACUCACGAACAGCCACCGAACACAAGCAGACCUCAUGAACGAACCGAAAGGUCACGAAGAGGGCCAGUAAGGAAAGAAGUCCAAACUAAAGAAUCCCUAUUCGAUGAGCGACUGAAACACGGUCUCGGAGCCCGUUCCUCCACCCCACCGGUGGAAGAACUCUCCCAAGACAAUUUCUUCGGCCUCUCACACGAAUACAGCUUCAGCCAAUAUGAAAUCAACAAUAACCUAAAUAUUGGACUUGACCCUGUAUUUCAAUCGACUGUUAAAAGCCUACCAGAAACAUCUUUCCACGAACCCCAGCCUCAAAGUGGAUGCUACGGCAUUGAUCGGUACCUUGCAACGCCUAGGCACGGGGAUGCAGUCCGUUACUAUCGCCCUUAG